GCCGGCCUCAGUUUCUCACUCCGCUCGAGCCCCUCCGCGGGCCGACCCUUUAAAGUGGGCCCCAAGGCGGGUAUAGACGCGCUCUUCGGCCUGCUGGGGCCCAGAGACUUUCGCCCCGGGGCUCUCCUGCUGUUGGCGGCCGCGGCUGCCCCUCAGUAUCCGGAGGGGUGGAUCGGCCCCGCCUGCUUCGGCCUGUCCCGGGUCGCGACCCUGGGGUCUGACCAAUGUGUUCUGUUCUCCCGCCCCACCCCACCCCCUGGCGGCUCGGCUCGCAGUCCCCUCCCCUUCCCGGGCCGCGUUCCAUGGGUCUGACUACCCUCUCUCGAAUCUCGCGGCCCCCUCGCAGCCCCGGCGCCCAUGAUGCGGCCGUCCCACCACUGCGGGCACCUGCUGGAGCGGCUGAACGCGCAGCGGGAGGCCGGCUUCCUGUGCGACUGCACGGUGGUGAUCGGGGAGCAGCAGUUCCGCGCGCACCGCAAUGUGCUGGCCUCGUUCAGCGAGUACUUCGGGGCCGUGUACCGGGACUCCCCGAACAGCGACGUCUUCCUGGACCAGACCCAGGUGAAGGCCGAUGGCUUCCAAAAGCUGCUCGAGUUUAUCUACACGGGCACGCUGCACCUGGACAGUUGGAAUGUUAAAGAAAUUCACCAGGCUGCAGACUUUCUCAAAGUGGAAGAGGUGGUCACUAAAUGUAAAAUAAAGAUGGAAGAUUUUGCUUUUAUUGCUAAUCCCUCUUCUUCAGAAAUAUCUAGUAUUACGGGCAAUAUUGAGUUGAACCAACAGACUUGCCUCCUUACUCUUCGAGAUUUUAACCGGGAGAAAUCAGAAACUUCUAUUGAUUUGAUUCAGGCACAUACAAAGAAAGUGACUUUAGAAAAGAAGUCUCCUCCAACCAAAAAGAAGAAGAAGACUUUCAGUUCUCAGAAAACUGUGCAGAAUAAACCAGUGCAAUAUUCCAGUGACAUUUUAGAGAAUUCAUCUGUUGACAUGUUCCUAGAUAUAAAUAAAUUGCCUUCACCAGUAACAGAACAAGUUGCACAAGGAAAUGAGAUCCCAGAACUCCAGCUGACUUCAGUUGUGGGCAACGAUAAUUUUACAACACAAGAUAUCAUUUUACAAACAGUAGCAGUGAAACAGAAACGGGGAAAAUCACAGCCAAACUGUGCUUUGAAAGAGCACUGUAUAUCUAAUUUAGCCAGCAUCCCAAACUCUUAUCCGCUGGAACCUUCUGGAGAAGACCUAGAUCAGAGGUACUCGAAGGCCAAGCCAAUGUGUAACACUUGUGGGAAAGUGUUUUCAGAAGCCAGCAGCCUAAGACGACAUAUGAGAAUACACAAGGGAGUAAAACCCUACGUCUGCCAGUUGUGUGGAAAAGCAUUCACCCAGUGUAACCAGCUGAAAACACAUGUCAGGACUCACACAGGGGAGAAGCCAUAUAGAUGUGAGCUCUGUGACAAAGGUUUUGCUCAGAAGUGCCAGCUAGUUUUUCAUAGUCGAAUGCAUCAUGGUGAAGAGAAGCCCUAUAAGUGUGAUGUAUGCAAUUUACAAUUUGCAACUUCUAGCAAUCUCAAGAUUCAUGCUAGGAAGCAUAGUGGAGAAAAGCCAUAUGUGUGUGACAGGUGUGGACAGAGAUUUGCUCAGGCCAGCACGCUGACUUACCACGUUCGCCGGCACACCGGAGAAAAGCCUUAUGUGUGUGAUACAUGUGGGAAAGCGUUUGCAGUAUCUAGUUCCCUCAUAACUCACUCUCGAAAACAUACUGGUGAAAAACCAUACAUAUGUGGUAUUUGUGGGAAAAGUUUUAUUUCCUCAGGAGAGCUCAACAAACACUUUCGAUCCCAUACAGGGGAAAGACCAUUUAUCUGUGAAUUAUGUGGAAAUUCCUAUACGGAUAUAAAAAACUUAAAGAAGCACAAAACAAAAGUCCAUUCAGGAUCUGAAAAAACUCUAGAUUCUACCUUGGGGGAUAAUAACACUUUCAAUGAACAAGAUCCCAUGCAGAAAAGUCCUUUGUCAGAACCUUUAGAUGUGAAACCUUCUGAUAUGACUUUACCAUUAACUCUUCCCCUUGGAACGGAGGACCACCAGAUGCUGUUGCCUGUAACAGAUAAUCAGUCUCCAUCCUCGGACACAUUGUUGAGAUCGACUGUAAAUGGGUAUUCAGAACCACAGUUUAUUUUUCUGCAGCAAUUGUAUUGACUUUAUGAGCAAUAUGGAAUUUACUAAAUAAAUAGCUCUGGUAGUGAACAUAAACCUCUCUGGCAAGGUGAACAUCCUCAUUCACUAUCAUCUGGCUUGUGAUCAUUAUUUUUCAUUCAGCUAAGUAAAGGCAACUGAUCCUGCA